AAAUCAUCAACAUUUUAUUCUUUUAUCUAUUUUCAUACUCGAGAUUUUUUGAAAAAAAGGUUUUAAGGAAAACCAUUAAUCUGAAAAUGCUGACAAACGGACUUGAAGAAAAAUAAAAUAAAUGUUUGCCGAUGAUUUGAUCAAAGCGUUUAUAGUUUCUCCAAAUACGAUAACUCAUUUAAAGGAAAUAAAAACUUAGAGUAUGAUUUUACUCAAAUAACGACUGCAGAUGAAUUUUAUUCGAAUCCAAACACAAUUUGUAGUGCGUUUGACUUGAGUAUUUUAAUUUCUAUUAUUGAGAUUAUCUCGGACAAUAAUACUUUGAGAGAAUUUCUUGCUGAAUUAAACUUUCGUGGAACUGGAAUUAAGUCUUAUAACGAUAUGUCAGAAAAUAUAAAUUCAAAUGUUCUGGAUGUAUUUGCAAACCCAGCAAUAUUAAUGGGAAUAUUUGAUAAUGUUUGGCGAUAGCAGUCGAGUAAACAUUCGUCGAAUUAUAUUAGCAAAAAGAAAGAGAAGAGAGCAUCAUCCUAAAAUAAUGAACUACUUCGAGGAAGUGAUUCCUUCAUAUCCACUAUCAGAUUUUAAGGCGCAUUUUAGAAUGUCGCGGACGACAUUUGAGAAAAUUAUUCAAGAUAUUGGUGGCAAUUUACAAAGAAGAGGUGAUCUUCCGAAUGCUUUAUCACCAGAAAAACAAUUAUGUAUUGCAAUGUGGACAUUCGCCAAUCAAGAAGUUUAUAGAUCAAUUGCAGACCGUUUUGGUGUGAGUAAAGACACUGCAUGGAAUAAUUAUUAAAAGAUGAGA